AUGUGGAUUGAAAUAUCCAUUCCACAGAUUUGGGUUUAUAGUGCACUUUCACUAACCUCGUUUGGUGGAAACGAAGAUAUAAAAGUUAGAACGUUAGAACAUACCAUGUUGAGUUUCGGAGUUGCAACUCAAUGUCAUGUCAUUAAAGGUGUCGAUCUAAAACUAGAACAAGAAGAGAGAGCACGGAGUAAAUUCAUCACAAUAUCAGAAUGCAGAACGUUGAAUGUUGAAUGUUGA